GUUUGACUCUCAUAAGCCUCUAUAUAAACUACACCUAUCAGAAAAACUUGUCAUUUUAAAAAUCAAACAUUUAGUGUAAACUUCCCCUCUCGAUUGUCUCCCACAACACACCACCAUGGGCUGCCUCUCAGGAAUAGCAAAGUACCUUUUAUUUUUAUUCAACUUCUUGAUUGUGGUAUGCGGUAUAGCCCUCAUAGCCGUGGGUGCUAUAAUCCUAGUCAACGAAAACAAGGGCCUGGAUAGUUUCACCGAUUUCUCAGUUGGUGGGUUCGCCAUAGCUGUGGGUGUCAUAAUUUUCCUUAUAGCCUUCUUCGGCUGCUGCGGAGCCAUCAAGCAAAACAGCUGCAUGCUAACAACAUAUGCAGUUAUUUUGAUCGUGCUUUUCAUUCUCCAAAUUGUCUUGGGAGCGUUGGCUUUCGUCGCCAUUCGCAACGACGACGAGGAGUUGGACAAAGCAGUAUUAAAAGUCGUGCAAGAAGUAUUCGACGAUUAUAAAAGUACACCGACGAACGACAAAGAAAAAAUUAUUGACGAGAUUCAACAAGACUUUGAAUGUUGCGGUGUUAACGGUACUGCAUAUUGGGGCACUGACCUACUUGAUAGUUGUUACGAAGGUGCGAGCAAAGGAAACACACUAUACACAGUAGGAUGUGCCGCAGCUUUUAGGGAUAUAAUUAUGGAUAACAUUAAAAUUAUCGGUGGAGUCGCUAUUGGAUUCGCCGUAGUAGAGCUCGUUGGUGCAAUUUUUGCUUGCAUGGUGAGGAAGAAGUGAAAACUGACGUAAUCUGUAACGCUAUUUAUGUACAAGUAUUUAUAACUGUUUUUAAUAAAAUUACAAAAAAUUAAAAA